AUGGAUAGGUAUGAAGCGGUGAAGAACCUGAGAAUUAUUUCCGCCAGUAUUGACGAACACAACACAUACGCAGGCGGGCGUAUGGAUCACGGAAGUGGUACAAAGGAAGCAAUUAAAAAGAAAAACAUGAGAAACAAAUAUUUGCAAUUAUUAAAGCAUAGGACUAAUACACGUAACUGUGGUGAGGUGGUGUGCAAUCGGAAUUGUCGGCAUUUGGACCCCUUGUCCUCGAAGGAGGAGUUGAAUUUAUCCCUUGGUAAUAAUGACUGCUUGAAGAAUUCAUCAAGGAGGUUAAAAAACAUGGAGACCUGUGAUAGAGUUGGCAAAUCAGAUGAGUCCACAAGAAGCGGAGAGUUUAUGAGAUAUUGUAAUGAACCAAUUGAGGAUGUGAAUCCGUCGUCUGGACUUUUUAUUGCCAAGAGGAAAGUAUGUGCCCAAGAAAAUAUCCCUCCAGGUGGAAGCACAAAGGGGAAGGAAAAAACCAACCUGAUAAGUUUCUACAAGUAUAACAAUUUAAUUAAUAAGAAUAAAGGAGCAGGGAGCGUGGACGCUAUUGCCACAGGUUUGAUUGGGCUACCAGCGGAUGAUGAGCAAUACACAGUUAAGUGUAGUCUGAAUUCUCUAAUGUGGAAAGGGCUCCUAAGGAAAGGAUGUGGAUCGUCACAGGAAAACAACAGUGCUUCGUCCACUAGUAAAAUAUGCCAAGUUGCCUCUCAUGAAGAUACAGAAUCUUGUAAAUUGUAUAGGGAGGAGGUGCCAAAAAAGAGCAGUAACUACGCACUUAAAAAUGGUUCAAGAGGAGAGAAAGACGGCAUAUCCAAGGAGGGGCAGCCUCGCAUCGCCGACGUGGCGAGGAAAAACCCUGCAGAAAGUGCCCUCAUAAAUUGUUUCCUCAAAGAGCAUCUUCGCAAUAGAGUCGAGAGUAGGAGCUCGGGCAUGGGCCGAGGCAGAAGCCAGGGUGGAGACUCAAAAGGGAAUGAAGAAGGUGGCAUGAGCAGUCAUCGUGACGAGGGCCCUAAUACGCGAAGCAGAAAAGGGAAGACAUCUUCGGAGGAGAAAUCCUCGGAUUAUUGCCUGAGACACGCAGCCACUAAUGUUGACACCCUGCAAGCGGAUAGGAAGCUUGGUAUGUUGUUCAAAUGUUCCAUUAAAACAUUCAGCAACGAUUCUUGCAAUCGAGGUGAUAGUGAAAUCCCCUGGUGUGAUGGUCCUGUGAUGAGGAAUUCUGUUUUCCGUCCCCGUGACACAGUCACGAGCAGUCGGAAAGGUGAAGAAAAUUCCAACUGCAGAUUUUGUAUUCGUAACAAAGACACACAUGCAAGAAGUGAUUCGAUCAGUUAUGGAGAGCAAUCGGCCGUUUUAAAGUGCAAACAGAGGAACAACACGGAAACGGAAAAGAAGAAUUCAUUGGAAUUACACACCGAAGCUUCAGUAAGAAGGGGUGCAUGUGGUGGAGAAAAAGACACACAUACUGGUAGCACCGGUGCUAUGAAGUACCAACUGCAGACUAAGGGUGCAUCUUCCUGUAAGCAGAAAGAACAUAAUUUACACAUAGAAGGAAAAUUUCUUCGUAGAAUUAUGAACGCAUCGAAAAAGGCCUACAGCGAUUCCAUACUUCCCUCCUGCAAAAAAUUGACGACGAGUGAAUUCCGAAGUAGGGGUAAAAACACCAGUGCAUGUAGCGUCGCUCAGUGUAUAAGGCGAAGUGAGGAUAUUUUGAUGUCUCGUAGGAAGGGGAAGAGUAAAGGUGCAAAAGGGGAAGGUGAACGAUCGGGGCAAUCAUAUAACGACACGAGGUGGUUGUACAUGUGGAGUCACAAAAAUGGGAAAGAAGAAAGAAUGGAAAAGAAUAGUAAACUUGGAACGGCUAGCUCUUACAACAAAUUUAAAUUAAUGAGAAUUACGAGGAAGAAAUCCAUUUUCUGCUACAGUGAGUUUGUGGAACCGUCUACGCCAUCCGACAGGGGGGGAUCGAAGGAGGAAAUUCCAUAUGAUUGGUGCAAGAAUGUGUCUCGUAAUGGUGACAGUGUAGUGGCUCGAGAGUGCUCACUUCACAAUAUUUCUACUAGUGGAGUAAACAAAGGAAGAACCCUCCAAAGGCAGAAAAAGGCAAAGACGUGUCUCUCUUUGGCUUGCCGUAAGACGAAUCAAGGAUCAUCAUCAUCGUCAUCUUUCCCUAUUUUAGGGAACGAAGAUUUUAAUUUUUCCAUCUUAAAAAAAUAUAAAAGUCUGGACAAACUGAUAACAUCUGUUGGGGUUAACUCUGGUUAUGGUGUUCGUUGUAGGUCGAGGUGCAGUAGGGGGGAGAAAAUUAUCACCAAUGUUGUAGGGUCAAAUAGAGAAAAAGGGUUUGUGAAGCAGAUAGAAGAAGACAGGAACAAAAAGAAGAAAAAAAAAAAAAAAAAAAAAGAGAAAAAUGAAGUUUCGAGCACAUGCGGCAUACUUUCCUUUCAUAGGGAGGAGUUUGAGGGGCAUUGUGCUUCCCCCCACUCGUGGACAAAGCGUAAUGAAAGCAGGAACACAAAUGGAAGCUCCAACGGUCGUCUUUGUCAUACCUUGUUUAGCUGUCAUCGGUGUAGAGUAACUCAGAAAGUGGCUCUAGACCCAACGGCAGAGAAUGUGCAAAAAGGAAGGAGUCAAAGUAGGUUCAGCGGGAGGAUUUUUGGGAGGAAGAAUCAGAUGCGUUUCUCCCCUUUCAGUGAUCCACAUUGUGGCCGCAGCAGUAGGGAUUCUCGUGUAGGUGAAGUAGAAGAAGCUCGUGUUGGUAGUACGAAGGCGCUGUGUGAGGGGUAUUUGGCGAACGCUAUAAGAAGGAACAAAAAAAGGGGUAAGACCUUUUCUUGCAGUGAGAGGAAGCGGGUGUGGUUGAACGUGAGGAAGGAGAGGAAAAGGAAGACAAGGAGAGCGGCAAAUAAGAGGCGCGUGGUGAAUAGGAAGUGCGGAGAUCAUAGGAGUGGUUCGAGACACAACAAGACGAGGGAUUCUGUUAAGUGGAGAGGAAAAAAUAGGCCAGGAUCAUUAUUCUCUCUAUUCGAAUAUAAGGAAGAUGGAGGGAUGAACCAAAGUAGAGGGAAGAAGAAAAAAAAAAUGAGCUCCAAAAAAGGGGAGGAGACAAGCCUGGAAAGGCUCCAAAAAAGUUGCUUAUCAUCACAUAACAGUUCAGAGGAUCAAAAUUAUUUGCAAGGAAGCGGAAUUAAGUACGUGAUAAGUGUGUACCAACGUGAAGAGGUGGAGGAUGAUAAUUGUGAAAAGGGUAAACCAAACCGAAUGAAGGAAGAAAGCAUUAAAGAUGGAAGAGUCAAGUCGCACGUGGAGGAUUUUCCCAACUGGACGACGACCCCACUCGAAAUGAGUUCCUCCAUUUGCUUGAACCCGAAUUGUACGUACUACAAUAAGAUGUAUUGUAUCGUGGGUCUUAUAUACUGUGGCGAAAAGUCCCAAGUGUAUAAAUGUAUGAACGUACUUAACAAGAAAACUUAUGCAAUGAAGGUGAUUGUGAAGGAAGAGAGAGAUGACCAUCACAUGAACGAAUUUUUCCAGAAGUAUUUGUUUUUAAAACACAAUCGACACAGAAAUGUAAUUCCUAUAUAUGAUAUUUUUGAUGAAGACAACUACAAUUUCAUCGUAAUGGAGUAUUGUGAGGGGUGCACUUUACUGGACUACUUUAUGUCCUUAGUUCCUGGAUCGUUGGACAUUCAGGAGAUUAAGUACAUCAUGAAGAACCUUCUGUUGGGAUUGGACUUUUUGCACUCACACAACAUCAUCCAUAGGGACAUAAAGCUAGAAAAUAUUAUGUUUAAAAGGAAGCGGAAGAGAGACUACGAGGGUGAGGAGUUUGGUUCUUGUGCACUGAGAAGUUUACCUGGAAGCGUCGUUCAGGGGGGAGGUCAUACUGGCGUUGGAAGGGUAGAUCGUGUAAGUCGUGCUGGAGGGUGUGGUCAGAUUAAUCGCGUUGCCCGUGUUGGUGUACAUUCGGGGGGUGCCAAUUCGGAAGGGGCCUUGGAGAGAAAAUACCUCUGUGAGGCUAUUCCAGGUGGUGCCACUUCCAGGGAGUCCCUUCCUAGUGAUCUCCUCUCCAGUGGGGCCUACUCGAACAGCGCGUCCUCCCAAGGGAUAUUCUCCUCCAGUGGGAUAAACUCUAGUAGGAUUCUCUCCAAUGGGAUAAACUCUAGUAAGAUUCUCUCCAGUGGGAUAAACUCUAGUAGGAUUUUCUCCAGUGGGAUAAACUCUAGUAGGAUUUUCUCCAAUGGGUUCCAUUUCAAUGGGUGCUUUUCCAAUGAGGUCCCCGCGCGCACCUCGUUGGAUCAACCCGACGAGCGUGCAUCGACAGUCUUGUCCGCUCACUCGAAUUUUUGCGACUCCUCCGAAGAUUCGUCGAAUACUUCGGAACGGUCCUCUAUAACGGUAAACUCUUUUCAUUCCCAUCGGUACGAUAAGGAAGACGACUACUGCGCAUUGAAAAGGGGGAAGAGCAACUUCAAUAGAAUGAGCCACGAAGGGAACUACAUGCAAGCCCUUCUCCUUAUGAAGGGGCACAAGUCACGAAGAAAGGAACAGAAGAAUAUUUCCUUGUUGAAGUUUCAAAGGAACGAAGGAACAAGAUGUUCCACAUUUAGAGAAAUUACAAAAAAUUAUAUUACAAAGAAGAGAAGAAGGAAGGAGAGAAAUAACUCCUAUAGCGAUCUGUGCUUAAUCGACAUGGACAUGAUGGAGAAAGUCAUGUCAAGCAAGUUUAAUCCGAACAGAAGGUCAGAAGUCAUAUGUGGAACAGCCCCCUACAUGUCUCCCGAAUCAUUGGAUGGGAUAAUAUCGACAGCUAACGACGUAUGGUCUUGUGGUGUAAUUUUGUAUGCUCUCAUGGAUGGUUGUUUUCCGUUUCAGAUAAGUAAUGAUAUGCCUGUUUCGUUGAAGAAGAAAAUUUUACUGCAUACCAAGCCGAACUUCGAUCCGUUCAUUUGGCAGAACCACCCCGAUGUGCUCGACUUGUGUCUAAAGUUGUUGGACCCCAACCCAUUCACGCGGAUACAGAACGCGAGAGAGGCGCUGAUUCAUUACUGCUUCUACGACAUAGUGUAG